UGGGUCUUCAUAUUAGUAGAGACAGAGCCAGGUGUAUUCCACACUGACUAGCCACCAGGUCAGGAUGGAGAGAAAGGGUAGCUUCACCAUGCUUCUCAUCACUGCCCUGUUAGUGCUGGUAUCUGCUCUACAAAGAGAGUACUUCCUUGUAACAGAACCAGCAUCAUGGAAUGAUGCCCAGCAACAUUGCAGAAGCCACCACACCGACCUGGCCUUCAUCCGCACCAAGGAAGAAGCCAACCACGUCUCUGCUCUUGGUAAUGGGGCCUGGGUCUGGAUUGGUAUCCACAGAGACACCAAGAACCAUACACUUUGGUACUGGUCUGGACGCAGGACAUCUACAUUCACCUUCUGGAAACCUGGCGAGCCUAACAAUAAUAUGGGUAAAGAGGACUGUGGCAGCGCAGGAGCAGGUAGACUCUGGUAUGAUUUAUCAUGCAAUAUCAAAAUAAACUUUGUCUGCUACCAGGAGACGCCUAAAAUGGUCCUGGUGAAGGAGAACAGGACGUGGGAGGAGGCCCUGGAGUACUGCAGAGAUCAGGACAGUGACCUCCCCAGUUUGCUCUCUGAGGAUGAGCAAAAUUCGGCCAAGAAAACAACCCCAGAGGAACCCCUGGAAUACCAGGACUGGCCUGCGGGGGAGAUGCCUUUCUGCCCUGCCCGGUACCUCCACUGUGGGACCCUGGACAAGGAAGAAGAGCACUGGGGGACCAGGGACUGCAAGGAGAAGCUCAACUUCUUAUGUGUCAAAAAGUGGUCAGAUUAGUACAGAUAUACUGUACUAUGCAUUUCUGUAGGAAACAUGAUCAUAAGUAUCUUUGAGAAUAUCUAUAGAUGGGUUGCUGUUACUGGGUUU